GGAUUUUUUUACAAGCGUACGAUUGCGCUUUCCUUUUGUAGUUCCGACAUUCUAGAUCUAAUUGCAAUUGAUCAGUGUAAUUAUUUACAAACGUGGUCUCGUGUAUGCGACAGGCAUUGACUUAGGAGAACUCCGAUCCGGUUUUACUGGUAGACGUCGGACUGGGUAUGAAGUUGGCACAUUGGCAGUAUUACGCCGCAUCGCCCGUCGCUCUGACGCACUGUUCGCUCCACGCACAUAAACAAAUAAAACUACCGACUAUAAAAUGAUCAUCGAUAUGACAUAAAAUCUAUUAUUAACAUAUAUUGUUAUGCGUGAACCGUUUUAACUACUUCAGUUCGAAGAGGUUACAAACAAAAUUUUGUCAGACUUAUUAAGUGAAAAUGAAUGAAACAGCAGUGAUUUCUAAUAACACUUGGCAGUGGUUUAGAGAAGUAGCCCAAUCAUGGCUGGAAGACCCUGGUGUGGAGGAGCACGAGGGUCUGAACAUGACCGCCCUGAAGAUGGAUCAGGCGUAUAUGGUUGGAUUUUCUGAUAGGAACGUCGGAGUCUACAGUGUGUCCGAUGAUUGUUUUCGAUGCCCUUUCGAGCUCCAAAGAACACUCACGGAAGGGGCAGAGGAGUCGUGGGUGACGAGUACAGCUCGCCGUGCAACAUGGCGAGUCUAUACAAACAUUACAGAAGAAUACAUUAGUGCUAGAAAUACCACGGGUAUGAUGUGCCAACUGAGACCAGAUCUGGGCCAGUUCGGCGUGUACAGACUGAACGUGACAGGCGAUGGUUGUGACAUCAGUACUUCCAAGGAGCCAGUCGACAUUUAUAGACCUUUGCUCCUUCUACUGGGAAUACUGUUGGGAGCAUGGGUGCUGUACGGGAUCGGUAAGCUGAUUAUGUCCCGAGUGCGGGUCACUGGCAAACUACGAUACGGGGACAAAGAGCUCGCGAUACAGCAGCGACUACGCGCACUCGACACCUUUAGAGGAAUAGCAAUUGUGUUCAUGAUAUUCGUGAACGACGGCGCCGGCGGUUACUGGUGGCUGGAGCACGCCACGUGGAACGGGCUAGUGGCUGGCGACUUGGUAUUCCCAGCCUUCUUAUGGAUAAUGGGCGUCUGCAUACCGCUCUCUAUAAAGAGCGCAUUCGCUAAAGGGAUUCCGAGGUGGAAAAUAUUACUACAUAUUGUGAGGCGAUCCUGCAUGAUGUUUCUGCUGGGUAUGUCCCUGAACACGAUCUAUGGCCGCAACAUGCUGCAGCAACUACGCAUCUUUGGUGUCCUGCAGCGACUAGCCGUUGCAUAUUUGAUCGCAGCUGGCUAUUAUGCGCUUACUGCACCUAAAUAUUAUACUCCACCAAGGGGUGCAUGUGGUCAAGCAUUGAAAGAUGUGCUCUCCUGUGCAUGGUGUUGGGUUCUGGCUGCCGUUUUGGUAGCUCUGCAUACUGCCAUCACCUUCACGAUCCACGACCCCAACUGCCCAGCUGGCUAUUUGGGCCCAGGUGGUAAGCAUGACGACUGGGUGGCUUCAGAGUGCAGCGGUGGUGCUGCUGGUUAUAUAGAUCGACUGGUGCUGGGAGAGGCCCAUUUGUUCCAGCAGAGUGAUGCCAAAAGGGUGUACGGUGGACUACGUACAGAUCCUGAGGGUUUAUUAGGUUGCCUGACAUCAGCAGUACAAGCCCUGCUGGGAGUGCAAGCUGGCGCAACAGUACUACUGCAGAGGUCGCACAAGUCGCGUAUCUCACGAUGGCUGGCCUGGGGACUAGUGUUUGCCCUCAUUGGGGCACUUCUAGCUGGAUUCUCCAGGGAGCAUGGUGUCGUGCCCAUUAAUAAAAAUCUAUGGUCUAUGUCAUUUGUACUAGUGACAUCAGCGUGUUGCCUAGUGUUGUUGAGUAUUUGCUACACUUUCACUGAUGCUUGGCGCAUUUGGGGUGGCGGUCCGUUCAGGGCGCCGGGUCUCAACGCCAUCGCACUCUACGUGGGUCAUUCCGUCUGUGCCCACCUCUUCCCCUUCCACUGGCGCAUCCCUGUAAUGCGCACCCACGGUAUACAUCUCGUCGAAGCUGUAUGGGGCACGGCACUUUGGGUCAUCAUUGCCCACGUGAUGGCGAAGAAGAAAGUUUUUAUCACUCUGUAAACACUUUUUGCGAUUGUAACAAGGACAUUUUGCUCCGCAAAUUAGAGAACACGUUGCCCUGCCAAAAAUUAAAUACUUAUUUAAAAAACAAAUAGCCAAGAUGAUUUAAGGAUUCCAAUGAUGUCCUAUAUAUUUAAAUUUGUCCAGGCGUUUAGAAGUUAUGGUGGAAUAAAGAAACUCACACAAAUGAACUCUGAAAAUAUUUACACUCUUAUGUGGCAGUCGGGUAAAAAUAAUUAUUGUUAGAAAGUUCUGUAAGAAUUAAUAGACAUUGUGAAUUUUUAAUCCGUCUAUAAUUUUGGUUAAUAGGUGAAUACUUAAAUAUUAUUUUUGUAUGGGUUUUACAUACAUAAAACAAUCAUACAAUUUUUACAUAUUACAGAAUUCUGUUGAACCGCAAUGUUGAUAAUUCGCAAUACUUAUGUGCUUGGUGAAUUUUGUAUAUAAUGACUAGACCAUUAUGUCUUGGAUCCAAGCUUGACUUCAAGUUUGAUAUGUUAUGAAUUUCUUAUGUGUCCAUGAUUGAUUCACAUAUGGGAGUCCAUUAUUUGCGUAUUCAAGAUUAUUUUCUAGGCGAGAUGGGAGGAGAGGGAGCGGGGGGGGGGAGGCUGGCCUUUUAAAAAGGCGUAUAUGUACUAUCAGAUGUCUUUAGGAAGUUUCGCUCGCAUCCAAAUAUGGGUAAAUAUGGCAUUAGACGAUUCUGGGGUGGGCACGACCCACGAUGCCCCCUCCUCAAAUACGCCUUUGGUGUUCAUGCAAAUUGAUCCAAUUUGUAUGAUGUUGUAUUAUUAGCCGUUAUCAUAAAUAUUUUUGUUAACAAUUUCACAAAUAUUGAUGAGAAAGAGAGCAUUGUUUGCCGUGAAUACUGAAAUCAAGUAGUCUGACAUCUGACAUUCUAGAUUUGUUUGUAUCUGGAUACAAUAUAAUUUGUAAGACUGAAAUUUACUAUAACUUUGCAUUAUGAUUUCAUUUUUUUUUCUGGAAAUAUUGUUUUCUAGUCUUAAAUGAACUUUGUAUUAUACCUAUACAAUAUAUAUUCCUGAAUUAUUUGUCUAUGAUAAUACAUUUUAAGAUGUAAUUUACUAAUAAUAAUAAAAAGGUAAUUAAUACUAA